AACACUCUUGAGAGAGAGUGUGGAGAUCAGAAGGUGAGGAGGCUAACAGGUGAAGUGCAGUUAGGAUAGCACGAGGGGAGAGGUAUGAGGGUGCAGCUCUUGAAGUCAUUCUUCUCUUUGGUGAUCACUCUCUGUUUGGGGAGCCUGCUGACCACUUUCAUCUGGUACAUGGUUGACAACAACAAUGUGGAACCUCACAGACCGCCUCCUCACAAGAAAAGCCGCCCUCGGCCCUCUGACCUCUGUAAAGGCUGCAGGGAGGUCAUUGAUAAAGUACAACAGCAUUACUCUCAACCCUGGAAGAAGCAGGAAGACAAUUACCAAAAGUUCAGAUCUCUGCUGAGCAGCAAGUGCCAUGGUUUUGACAAGGCCAUCAUUACCCAGGCCAACACUCCAGUGGGAUCAAAGCUUGUGUAUGACGGAGAAAAGAAGAGGACCCUCCAGGUCACCCCAGAGAUUUUCAGCACCUUUGUAAAAGAGAAUCCAUUCCCAAAUAAAUCAAGGGACACGUGUGCUGUUGUUGGGAAUGGAGGGAUCCUGACGGACAGCGGCUGUGGAAAGAUGAUCGAUUCAGCUCAAUUUGUUAUGAGAUGCAACCUACCUCCUUUGGAUAAAGGCUAUGAGAAACAUGUGGGCAUGAAGACAGACCUUGUGACAGCAAACCCAAGCAUCUUCCUAGAGAAGUAUGGGGCUCUAAAGGGGCGUCGUCGUCCGUUCGUGGAGAGUCUGCGUAGCUACGGCAACUCCUUGCUGCUCCUUCCCGCCUUCUCCUAUGGCCACAACACUCCUGUGUGCAUGCGGGCCGUCUACAGCAUUGAGGACUUUGAAAGCCCCACCAGGCCCAUCUUCUUUAACCCUGAGUACCUCCAGAGUCUGGCCCUCUUCUGGCGCUCCCAAGGCCUACAAGCAGUGCGGCUCAGCACCGGCAUAAUGAUGGCCAGCCUGGCGCUGGAACACUGUGCCAACGUGCAUCUAUACGGGUUCUGGCCCUUCAGUAAUCACCCAGAUGGACUCUAUGCCCUGACUAACCACUACUACGAUGACAGACAAACUAAAAAGAAAUUCCACGCCAUGCCUACUGAGUUUGAUCUCUUGUUGCGGCUGCACAGUCAGGGGGUGCUCAGGCUUCACCUGGGAGAUUGUUGACCAGCUGACAGGACAGGAGCAAAUGACACAACAUCAGCCCGUGUCACUGUAAUUCGCCUGAUAGGACUGUAG